AUGUCGCAAGGAAGACGUGGACGAGGAGGUGGACCAGCCGGUGGAGGAGGCGAGAAACGCGAGGCUCGGAUGGUAGGCGGAUUUGGAUCGCCUCAAGACAUUAGAGAACUCAUGGAGAAGAACAAGUUGGCUGGUGAUGCAAUGGCCGCACAGUGGGAGAAAGAGCGGGCAGAGCAUGCGAAGAGUCGCAAUGAAUACAAAGACUCUACGACGAAGAUGAAUGAGGAGGAGGGACUACUUUCGAAAUCUCAACUUCAAGAGGCUGUUAUUCAGUUGACGGCGGCAAACACGGCGCUGACCGCUACGACUACUCGGUUGGGUACGGAGGUUACGAGACUAGCGGGCGAGGUAACGAGGUUGGCGGCGGAAGUCGCGAAGUUAACCGUGCAACCGGCACCAACGAAGAAGCCCCCGCCUGACAUUAGGAGGUUCAUUUAUCGGGUGGACCCCUCGUAUGUGUUUAGCACCUCCUCCACGCUUUUCAGUUUCGGCAAAGACAAUGGGAGUAUGUAUUCUGUUCGUGGGGAGAACGGGGAGUUUAUUUUAAAUAGAGAAGUUUCGCCUCAAGGAGUUAUGAGGCAUGUCGAGACUUUAACAUUUGACACUAAGAUUAUAGAUAUCCCAGGGUUGACGUUUGAUCGAAGUAUUCCUUAG